ACUGCUUUGUAACUUGUGUGGCAGAUAAAUCUGAUGUGCAUCGAUUUUAAAAUACUUUGAUCAGCUAAAUAUUUAAAUUUCAUAAUUCUUAAUUUACUGCAUAAUGGUUUGGAAGGAUCAAAGUGUGUUUGUAUUUCCACCUAUUUCAUUUUACUCCACCUGAUGCAUUUUUGUGUAAAAAAAAAUCAGUUUUUGCUGAAUAAAUUUGAGUUUCUGUGUUUUCAGAAUCAUUUCAGUCAGAUGGUUCACCAUUUGAGCUUUUUCUGCGUCUUGGCUCUCUAUAUAUCCAAAAACUGAAGGAAGACUUUGUUUUUUCAUCUUUUGUUUAAUGAAAUUCACAAACAUCGUUUUGUUAUUCUUUUUAAAAUUUUUUUUUUUUUUUUUGCUUCUUCUUUUGAUCACUUUAUGGUGUAUUUUUGGAUCUGUUGUUGAUCCGGUCCGUAAACUGGUCUCAGCGUCGCUUCAGUGUUUUAAAUCUGUGGUCUUUUGUGGUGGAAGAAAGGGCCAAACAUAUGUAAAACAUGACAUAAAUAUAAGGACAUGUUUAGACACACAGAUGGUGUCAGACACUGACUGACAGAGUGAGGAUUGUGUGUGAAAAACGAGGUGUCUACUGAAGGAGAAUCAAACCCCUUUUGUAUUCCAGAGAACCGCUCACAGCUCCAGGGAUAUUUGGAGAAGAGAUGAAAGAGAAAUCUGCUAAAAAAGAGAAUUCCUGGAAAGAAAAACGCCAAAAAAUCUAUAAGGUUGAUGUGUGCUGUUGACAGGGCGUGGUCACAGGAGAAAAAGGACAAAAGGGCUCUAGAGGAAACAAAUGAAAGGAAAAGAGAAUGAUAAAUCACAUUGAUUAGGGAGAGUGGACACACAAGAUGUUAAAGUGACGGCAAAAAUGAAGAGUUGAAGGAGUGCAUGGAGAAGGAAAGGAGAGGAGAGGACGAGGAAGGGAGGAGGGAGUAAAGGAUGAGCUCAUUGCAGUCUGAUGACACGAGGAGAGGUGCAGGAGGGGAGGGGCCGGCUGCUCGUCUGCAAAUCGAUGGCCAGUGUCUGAGUGCGGCGCACGCCCAGCGGAAGACGGCUGCGCCGGCAGAAGCAGCAUCCAGGUGUCAGCUCCCAGCAUCCCUAAAAAAAAAAAAAAAAAAAAUUAACAUUUUACGAAAAGAAAUCAUAGAAAAUAAGGACGUUUUUUUUUCCUUUUUUUAGCGUUUCCGCUCUGAAACUUCUUUGUUUCUGGCAGCCACUUUAUAGGAGGAGAGGUCAUGCAGCUGAUUCCCACGUCUGCCUCUCCCUCCCUCCAUCCUCCUCCUCUCUAGCUCACACAUCCACACCCACACCCAAGGAUACCCUGCUUGCUUCACUGCUUCCCCACUAUUUCCCCCCCUUGUUCCUCCUCAAAUCUCCAACUGCAUCUCCUUUUUUAGAUUAAAAACACACAAAAAAGAUUCUCUUCGAAAGACUUCUGUGGAUGCUCCUGUGUUUCCUGCUACCUGUGGAGGUCCUCCAGUUCCCUUCAGCCGCACGCCUGACAGAGAGGAAGCAUGCUGGGCUUGGACGUCUGUGAGUUUGGGGGUCAGAUGCUGGAGCUGCUCUGGCUCACCAUGUGCUACAGAGGGCUGCUGGCUGACAAGAACAACCUGCCAGUCGAGGAGGAGGAGGACGACCGGAACCUGAACUACAACCCUCCGGCUCAGAAGUCGCUGCAGGAGAUCCAGCAGAUGGACAAAGACGACGAGAGUCUGGUGAAGUACAAGCAGACUCUGCUGGGACCAGAAGCGAUGACUGCAGACCCCUCUGGACCAAACGUGAAGGUGACCAGACUGACCCUGGUGUGUGACGAGGCUCCUGAACCGAUCACCAUGGAUCUGACCGGCGACCUGAGCGCUCUGAAGGAGAAGAGCUUCACCUUACAGGAAGGAGUGAAAUACAGGCUAAAGAUACACUUCAAGGUGAACAGAGAAAUAGUUUCUGGGCUGAAGUACCGCCAUGUGACUUACAGAAAAGGAGUGAAAAUCAACAAGGUGGUGUGCAUGGUGGGAAGCUACGGCCCCCGGGCGGAGGAGCAGGAGUUUCUGUGCCCCGCCGACGAGACACUGAAAGGCGUCUUGUCCCGCGGACAAUACCUGGUCAAGUCCUGCUUCACUGACGAUGACAAGAACAUCCACCUAGCCUGGGAGUGGAACAUCAACAUCAGCAAGGACUGGAACUGAGAGCUCUCCCAUCCUUGUUUCCGUUUUUCUCCUCCUAGAAUCUGAACACAGCUGGAGGGAUUCAAAAUCCAGCCUGCAGUUUGAGUGCUCUGUUAUCAUAGGGCAGAUUUAGGUGGAGAUGUAGUGCGGCGUUCCUGUACGACAGCUCCAAAAGUUUUAUUUCAUCUAAAUCUAAAUUCAGGGUUAUGAGAUGCCUAUCUUCUGCUUGAGGUGACCUCUGCCUUCAUUCUUUAAUGCUUAAUGAAAUGAAUGCACAUUAACAUAGUUAGAUAUCAACCAUAGCCUGUAAAUAGUCAUGAAUCACCAAAAUAAAAGCAUCGCUAUACACUUAUUCACAAAAGUAAAUGUAAAUCAAAAAAGGUUUUUGUCUUAAGUGCUCACUUUUCUACUUAUCUUUUAUAGCAAAUGUACAAUCUUUUUUUUGUUGUUUAAUCUGAGCGUUCUCCUUAACUUUAUUGUGGAAGAUUAAAAAUAUUAAUCUUAGAAAAGAAAAGAAAAGUUUUUAAAUAGGAAUUUUAAGUUAUUCCUUUGAGUUUUCAUUUUUCUCGCGAAUUGCUGAAAAGUUUGUGGAAACAGCACAACUGAAAUGUGACUGUAAAUACUGUCGAUUGUGAUGCAUGAACGCCCCGUAGGAUUUCACAACAUUUCCCAAAAAAAUUCAGCUUUCCCUGAUAGAAAGCAAACUCGACGUGACUAAAGAUGUGUUUCCAGUUCAUAAAAAUGAACCAAAAAAAUCAGAAUAUUGUACAAAGCCUUUGGAAUUUGUCGUUGUAGCCAAACAUAACACUGUUAUAUUGAGUUGUUGUGGUUCAGGACAAACUGUAAAUGUUGGUUUCUUGUGUGCUGCAUGGUUGAAUUCUUUUUUUAAUGACUAAAAUCUAAAAUUUGUUGUGAAUUUUGAUGAAAAAAAUGUAAGGUGGUUGCAAUUCCUGCACAUAAAACAUUUGCAGGGAUCAUUUUGGAAGGUUGCAAGGAGUUCUCUGUAACAACAUCUUCAAAUAUUGGUGUUGAAUUUCUUGUAAAAUUUAAUAAAAACAAUUAAAAAAGCUAAA